GAAAAUGUUGUGACGUUGAAGAUGUGAGGAAGUCGUGGGGAUGAUGUCGUUAUGACGAUGUUGUUGCAGGGGAAGGAGGUCCUCAAGUUUCUCAAGUUCCCCGUGAAUGCUGCACAUGGCAACAAGAUGCUGGGUGCCCUGCCUGCCGUCCUAGACAGCACCAUCGUGUACACCGGCAGCAUCAUGGCGCCGCUCCUGGGGAAGAACUUCGUCCAUGCCGGGGAGGUGGUGUCGGUGCCCCGAAGCUUUGCCCGGAGCCUGGCCGUGCAGAUCGAGUCGGCGCGGCCCGAGUCUCGGCACGACUCGCGCCUGGACGAGUGGAGUGGCCUGGCCGUGCGGCUGCCCAACCUGACGCGCCUGCAGAGCGGGACCACCUUGCCCACACCAGCGCCACCGACGCCAACGCAGCAGGGUCCCCCGCCGGCGACCAGAGGGCAGCAGCUGCCCCCCUUGCCGCCGCCGCCACCACCACCUCCACCCAGCGAGAUCCCCACAUUCUGCAUCGAGAUAAAACCCAAGUGUGGCUUCCUGCCCGGCGCGGCAAGCGUGGUGAAUCCUCUGAAGCGCCGCGUGUGCCGCUACUGCAUGCAGCAGUACCUCAAGGUCGCCAACGGGAAGUGUCGGCAGGUCAGCGACUACUGCCCUCUUGACCUCUAUUCGGGGGACGGAAGCCGCAUGUCUUUUGCCAUCAGGAGCCUCAUGAAGAAUUCUCAGAACAACUUCAGGGUGUUCAAGCUGCUGGCCGGGGUCUACGGACCUUCCGCGGAAUGCAGGCAGCAGUUCUACGACCGCCAGCGGGGCGCGAAGGAGUCGCCCCUGGCAUACAGAACAAGUCUCCUGGCGUUGGCCAAGACAGCCUUCCCUCGCAUGGACGAGGACGGGGUGCACCGGGAUUGA